AUGAAAAAAUUUGAAGAUGUUAUGGCUAUUCGUUAUCCUAAUUUUAGACAAGUGGCUGUCAAAAAGUAGUUUGAUUAUUUUGGAGAAAUAGCAAUCGAAUAGAGGAUACCUAGAACAGCUACAGUGAUUGCAAAAGAAGCUACAACUUUGGCUGUGUUAACUUAUGAGUCUUAUUAAAAACUGCUAAGAGAUAUUACGUAAGAAGCAGUAACAAUAAGAUCGGAACUCAUUGCCUAAAUCUACCCCUUUGACUAACUAAAUGAAUCCUCAUUGCAACAAUUAUUACAUGAUUAUGAAGAAAUUAAUUUAAAUGGAGGAGCAUUAUUAUUUAAACGAAUGUAGAAAGCAGACUGUCUCUAUUUGAUUAUCUCAGGAGAAGUCUUAGUCUAAAAGUGGGAAGAUGUGAAAAAUAAAGAUGAAUUUGAGGAGGAAAAUUUAAUAGAAACUAAUAUGAUGAGCAAAUCCAACAAAUAAUUAGUGAACCUUGGAGUUUUUGGUAGAGGAUAAAUGAUUGGGGAUUUUGAAUAAUUCUUAAAUCUAAAAUAGACAAUUCCUUUAGUUAGAUGUACCCAAGGAGUAGUCUAAAACCAGGCUAAAAUAUUUAGAAUAGGGCAAAAUUAGUUUAAUGAAAUUAUAAGACAUACCUUAGGAAUGAGCUGGUAUGAAAAUUAUUUAAUUGAAAAAUAUUAACAAAAGCGAAAUAAUAGCAUUCCCAAAAUCAAAUUGACAAAUAGAAAUGUAAGAACACAAUCUAAUGUAACUAUCUUAAAUGGUUUCAAAGAUCAAUCCUACAUUAAAAUAUCUAGUAACAAAUACAAAAUAGUUAAAAAUGUUGAAGAAAAAUUACCAACUGUCUCAAAAUAAUCUCCUAAAAGAAAAUUGUAGUUAACAAUCGAUUAUAAGGAUAAGACUAAUCUUAAAUAUUAUAAUGUCGUAACUCCUAUCCAAAAUAAACCACCUUUAAAUUCUAACCAAAAUUUUACAAUGAAAUACUUUGCUUCUUCUAUGAAACAGAAGAUCAUAGAUUAAAAAAAUGAGGAAACUAUUUAAAAUUUUGGAUCUUCAAAGUAUUUAAAAACUGAACCUUCUAAUGAUUAUAAUAUUCCAACCUGCAAUACAAUUCUAUUGUCUCCAAGAUAUUCUAAACUUAUUAAAAAAGAGACUAGUUUUCAUCGAUUUAAAUCUUGA